CCUACUAGGUGGUCCAUUGAUGCAAAAAUGACGAAAAGGAAGUCUGUGUUGGAUUUGCUUGCAUGCAUGGUGACAGAAGGAGGAGGAGGAGGAGGGUGGAUACAGUCAGCCAGCUGUGUGAGGGCAGUGCUCUUGUUCUACAUCAGGUUGACACACUCGCACAACCACACACACUUCCUCCUCUGGACCGGACCUCUCCUGUGCGUUCAUUGAUGUGCAAGCGCCUUCGAGUGUGAACGGAGAGAGAAGAAAGAUGGGAAGAAAGAAAAUCCAGAUUUCUCGCAUUGUGGACCAGAGAAACCGACAGGUGACGUUCACCAAGCGCAAAUUCGGCUUGAUGAAGAAGGCGUACGAGCUGAGCGUGCUAUGCGACUGCGAGAUCGCCCUCAUCAUCUUCAACAGCACCAACCGACUUUUUCAGUAUGCCAGCACCGACAUGGACAAGGUUCUGCUCAAGUACACGGAGUACAGCGAGCCACACGAGAGUCGCACCAACACUGACAUACUGGAGACUCUGAGGAGGAAAGGCCUCGAUCUGGACACUUCGGAGCUUGACGGCGAGGAGAGCAUGCAGGUGACGGGCCAUAAAUGUCAAUAUGGCAGCGGGGUGGAUGUGUCUGCGGGUUGCCAGCGGCUCUAUGCUCCAUCCCUGCGCUCCACGGAAGCGUCGUUCCCAGCGUCAGAGAACAACUUCCCCGUCUCCUCCGGACCCGGCACGGCCCCCCACAGACUACCGGCAUUUAAAUGCGCCAGCCCGGUUCCUGCAAUGGCUCACGGCUCCUUCAUGCCGCCGCACUCAGGUAUCGGCUACUCCGUCUUCUCCCACAUGAGCCGAGGGCUCCACCCGAAGACACCUCCUCCUCCUCCGUCCCCUCUGACCCUCCCAGUAGACGGGGCCCAUCAGGGCUCACGCACCGGGCCGAACGCCGCCAUGAGCCGCGGGCUCCUGUACCAGACGGGCCUGCACGGCACCAUGGGCAAAGCUGGCCUGCUGGGCCACACUCUGGCUGAUUACGGCCUCGCCUCUCCUGGAGCUUCGGAGUACAGCCAACCAAGUUUCUAUCACUCUGUGAGUCUGCAGCGAGGAGCAGUGAACUCCUGGCAAACAACGCAGCCUUCACACCAUCUCCAUGGGCCUCAUGUAAAUCAAGGGAUUUCCACCGGUGUCUGCUCGUUCUCCCCCACCUUGACGCAUCCUCCCUGCCUCGGCAUCCACAUCAAAUCUGAGCGCAGCUCUCCUGAGCAGCACGUGGUCUCUCCCGCCGCCUCCCCUCUACACGGCCUCAGGCAAGAGCAGUCGCCCAUGAGCAGGCCCAGCUCGGACCUCCACAGCCCCCCGGUACCGGAGCCCGAGACGUACUUGCCCGAUGGAGGAAUGCUGAGACAGUCGCACGUGCGUGAGGGAUGGCAGAGAUAGCUGUGCAUUUAAUGGACAUUUUAUUCGGUACAUAUGCACAAGCUGAUGAAACCCAGCGCGAGAACUUGACCAAAAAUUAAAUCAGCUAUUAUUUAAAGCACGUGGUUGCUUUUAACACACCAAGUUUUGAUGGUCACUGUAAAUUAAUGUCAUUAGCACAUUUGUAAAAACUCAAUACAUUUGAUAGCUCUUGUGUUGGGUGCCAUCGGAUUGCCUAUGUGGACCUAAUUAACUGUCCAGUCUUCUCAGUCAGAGCUGGUCUCUGCUCGGUGUUGUCUAUCGGUGUUGUUUUCAGCCCCUCACACGUCACUUGAUUGUUCGCAUUAAAAAGACGCACACACGUUUGGUGGUUUGAUUUGUUUGGCACGAUCAUAAAAUGAAAAUGUUCAUGUAAAUCCCAUGAAUAAAAACCAAUUU